AUGUUGAAAACUCAUUUAAAUAAUAAUAAUAUUAUUAAUUUUUAUUGUAUAUUAAUUUGUACUUUGGUAUUAGCGACUGGUUUUGCUGAUGUUGUCAGUUCGGAGCAAGUACUUUUAUUCGCAGACUACGAAUCUGGAACUUUAGAUUCUGGAAUUAAAGGUCUUUUAGCAACAAAUGCUAAUGCUUCGGAUGCUGCAACCAUUGUCACUACUAGUAGAUCUGGAAAGUAUGCAAUCUCACACAAAGUCACUCUAGAUGAUCCCGGUUACUAUUCUGCUGGCAAUUGGCGUAGUGAGAGUGCUACUGCAGGUGUUGCAGCUGGUUGCUAUUUAAACAAUACAGAGAGACGUCACGAAUUCAGUGUUUACCUAAAGGAUUGGACCAUUUACAAGGUCGGUGAUCCCUCAACAAUCGAUAUCAUCUAUCAAUGUAAAUCGACUAGCAGUGGACCGGCAUGGUUUCUCGGUGUCAAACGAAAUCAAAUUGUUCUGAGAAUUCCAGAUAGCGGUGUACAGUCUGAGAUCAUUGCGGAUGUCAGUAAAGUUGUAAAUCAAUGGAUCGAUUUAAAAGUAGAGGUGUACAAUGUUGACGUUCUUAAAGGAUAUAUCAGAGUUUACUCAAAGAUGAGUAAUGAAACUAAUUUUACGUUGAAAUACAAGAUUGAUAAUAUAAAGACAUUCGUCCCCGAUAGUGAAACAUCGCAAUUCGCAUAUUGUAAAUGGGGUCUUUAUCGUCCAGAUUCCGAGAUUUCAAAAGGAAGUGUUCCAACUAGAAUAAUCUAUCAUGAUAAUAUUAAAAUUACAAAUACAACUGCUGAUAGUGGAGCAACAACAACAACAACAACUUCAACACCAACAACUUCAACACCAACAACUUCAACACCAACAACUUCAACAACAACUCCAACCACAGGAACAACAACCGAUCAAAUUAACAAUGCAAUUAAUACCUAUCAUUAUAAUUUAUUACUAACGAUUAUUAAAUCAAAGGAGAUAACAAAUAAUCUAUCAUUGCAAAAAGAAACAAUGAGUGUUAUAAAAUCAAUUGUUGCUAGAGAGAUUUUAGAUAGUCGUGGAAAUCCAACUGUAGAAGUGGACUUGUUCACAGAGUUGGGUAGAUUUAGAAGUGCUGUGCCAUCCGGUGUUUCAACUAGCGAUUAUGAAGCGGUGGAGUUGAGAGAUGGCGAUAAAUCAAGAUAUGGAGGUAAAGGUGUUUUGAAAGCAUUGGACAACAUAAAGAGUAUUAUUGCACCGAAAAUCAUUGGAAUGGAUGUAACCGAUCAGAGUGGUUUGGAUCAGUUAAUGAUCAAGUUGGAUGGAACUGAGAACAAAGCAAAACUCGGCGCCAAUGCUAUCCUAGCUGUAAGUAUGGCCAUUUGUCGUGCAGGUGCAGCCGCCAAGAAAAUACCGCUAUACAAGCAUAUCGCCCAACUUUCCAAUCGAAAUGAUACUGAUUUCAUUCUUCCAGUUCCAGCAUUCAAUGUAAUUAAUGGUGGUGUUCACGGUGGAAAUAGAUUGGCGAUUCAAGAGUUUUGGGUAAUUCCAAUUGGUGCCACCACUUUUAAAGAGGCAUUACGAUUGGGAUCGGAGACCUAUCACACUUUGAAAACGGUGAUUGCAGAGAGAUACGGUCGCGAUGCUGUGAAUGUCGGAGAUGAAGGUGGAUUCGCUCCUCCCAUUCAGAGUAACGAUGAAGCUUUGGAUCUUUUGGUGUCGGCAAUUGACAAGGCAGGACAUACUGGAAAAGUAAAGAUUGGAAUCGAUAGUGCUGCAUCGGAGUUCCACACCAAGAAUGGAAUGUAUGACCUCGAUUUCAAGAAUAAGAAUAACAAUGGAUCUCAAGUGGUCUCUGGUGAGAAGCUUGCCGAUAUGUAUCGCGAGAUGGUUUCCAAAUACCCUGCAUUAGUUUCCUUCGAAGAUCCGUUCGACGAAGACGAUUGGGAUUCCUACGCCAAACUGACAGCUUCGGUAUCGUUGCAAGUGGUAGGCGAUGAUCUCUUGUGUACCAAUCCAAAGAGAAUCCAAGAAGGUAUCAAGAAGAAAGCGUGCAAUGCAUUGCUUUUGAAAUUGAAUCAAAUUGGAACGGUUUCGGAAUCUAUCAAGGCUUUCCAACUUGCGCGAUCUGCGCACUGGGGUGUCAUGGUUAGUCAUCGUAGCGGUGAGACUGAAGAUACCUUUAUCGCUGAUCUUGUUGUUGGUCUUGGAGCUGGAGAGAUUAAAACCGGUGCUACCUGUAGAAGCGAGAGACUAGCCAAAUACAAUCAACUCAUGAGAAUCGAAGAGGAACUUGGUAGUCACGCUACAUUCGCAGGUGAAAGCUUUAGAUUUCCAAAAUAA